AUGGUGUUCGCGACAUCUCCACUGGCAGGCCUGCUUCAAUCUGCGCCUGGCCCCCCUGGAGCUGCGGCGACUGUUGGAGCUAAGCGAGAUGUACGGCAUCCGCGUGCCUUCGGCGCCGUCAGCACCCUGACUCUCAGCCCCAACCCCAGCCCGCCGCCUCAAGGGGGCCGCAACCAGCCACACCAGCAGCAGCAGCAGCAGCAGCUUGGAGGUGGCUUGGUUGUUGUUGGUGGUGACACUGGUGGUGGUGGUGGUGGUGUCCUGACGGACUUUUCGCUGUUGGCCACCUUCCGUCUGCCCGGUCCUGGUGCUGUCUCCGGUGGUUCGGGUGGGGGAGGGGACGUCGGCGACCCCGAACUGACUUUGCAGCUGCCCCUCUGGUCGCCGCACAUGUGUUUGGCCGAGUACGUGCCGCUGGCGGUGGAGAGGCUGCAAGCACAGCUGGACACGCAUUGCAGUGUCCUGGCGGUACGGCACCAGUUGAUGACGCAGCUGGGUGAGCUGCUGGGGGGCCUUUUGGAGCUCAAUUUGAGGGGGGGUGUCGCCCUGUACGGCAUAGCCUGGGAGGGCAACCCUGUGUUAGUGUCUUUGGAGCUUGGCAGCAGCUUCCCUUCCGAGAAGCCACUGGUGGUGCUGCAGUGCGUCAGAGUUCUCCCGGGUGCUGACUCAUCGCGGUCGUACCGGGAGUAUCCCUGGAGCCCUAGGUGGUCCGCUGGGGAGAUGUCGGCCAGGAUACACAACUGGUUACAGGACGAGCUACCCGUCUUCUUGCGGGGCAGGGCAGCGCAGCCGCCGUGA